UUUCUCGAAGAAAUCCGGGAAAAAAUAACAAUCAAGUGAGUUAGUUAGGAAAAUCUCUGGAAAAUUGCUUGGGUUUGUCACACUGCAAGGACUUUAGUUUGAAAGCUUCGACCGGAAGUUACGCACUGCUUUCCGUCUAUCUUGAUCGCGCUGCUUUAGCCCAGAGCAGCAGAGCAGCCCGUCUGCUGGGGAGAGACAGAGGAAAAGUUAGUCAAGAUGGCAAAUCCCACAGACCCGGAGUGAAGGGGCACCGCUCCUCAAAAAAGCUGAGCCUGUCGCCCGUGCUGAGACAAACCCAACGAUGCAAACUGCGCCAGGAGGCUUAAGAGGGAUUCCCUGAAGAAAAAAUGCCAGUGCGGCUGAAGCUGAUGUGACACAGAGUGUGCUGGAAGAAAGCUGACUCAUCAAAUAUCAAUCCUUCUGGGAGCCACUAAGCAGCACAGAGCAGCUCAUAUCACCUAAUGCCUAGCUAGAAGAGCAUCUCACCCCCAAACACACACACAUACACCAACGGAGAUUACAGAAACCUCUCCAGCAGGAAUAUAUCCAGCGAAACAAAUUUUGGCACCAGAAGGUCUAACGGAGACUUCCGUCCCGCUGUCCCAGCCGCCGCCAAAGCUAAGAAUGGCAUCACAGUGCUUCAGCUGAACCUCACCAACUGACUGACCCCCCCCUCCUCCUGCUUAUAGAAACAUCAGCAAUCAGCUGAUAAGACCACCAUCCAUCAGUGUGAAGUUUCGGGAAGGUCGCUCUCUGUGAGUCGCUCCCCACAGCUCUCAGCCCAGCCCCGGCACCACCACAGUCAGUCCGCCUUCACCCCGCCUCGCAGACCAUGAUGUUUCGCGAUCAGGUGGGCGUGCUUGCCAGCUGGUUCAAGGGGUGGAAUGAGUGCGAGCAGACGGUGGCUCUGCUGUCCCUGCUGAAGAGGGUGAGCCGGACCCAGGCCCGCUUCCUGCAGCUCUGUCUGGAGCACUCCCUCGCCGAGUGCACCGAGCUGCAGGUCCUGGAGGGAGAGGCCAACAACCCAGGGGUGAUCAGCCAGUGGCAAGGUGAGUCUAAGGAGCGUGUCAUCUCGCUUGUCCUCACCCACCUCCCGCUUCUCAAACCUGGCAAUGUUGAAGCCAAGGGCGAGUACAUGCGCCUGCUGCCGCGCAUCCUGGCCCACACCAUCGAGCAUGGCCAUCACCUGGAGGAGUCACGCCAGCUUCUGUCCUACGCCCUCAUCCACCCCGCUACCUCCCUGGAAGACCGCGCCGCCCUGGCACUCUGGCUCAACCACCUGGAGGAGAGGGCCGCUGCCCGGGGAGAUUCACUGGAAAGGCCUCCUCCUGCUGGGCCGCACCACCACCACCACCAGUCCACGCCUCCAUCCACCCUCACCUCAUCCUCCUCCUCCACUAACACCUCUUCAUCAGGCAAUCUCUACUCCUUGCAUCACCACCAGCGCUACGGCUCGGAUGACCGCCUCAAUGGGUGGCAGAGCUCCAGGGAUUCAGGGCUGGGCGGAGGCUGGCAUCAGCAGCAGCAGCAGGGCUGUGAGAACGGGCACCUCCUUCUCUACCCAUCAUCCUCUGUGCCGGCAACCAUCAACACGGUUGGAACUGGUGGAGGCGGUAACACUAUCCUGACGAGUGGAGGUGGCAGCCAGCAGCACAGUCCCCUGAAGCGCUCCGUGUCCCUCACGCCUCCCAUGAGCGGCCCCAGCAACCAGCCUCUUGGCCAUGUCUGGCUGUCCCAGGAGGACCUACGAACCGCUAGAGGCCCAGCCCCAGACCACGCACCUCUCUCACCCCAGAGCAGCAUUGCCUCCUCGGGCAGUGGAGGCAGUGAGCAUCUGGAGGAGGCUGGUUUAGGAGGAGGUUCAGGUCUGCAUCGCAGUUCCUUCCAUGAGGAGGGAAGUGGCAUGAGGGAUGUUCCUGCAUGGCUGAAGAGUCUCCGUCUCCAUAAGUACGCCGCUCUCUUCUCCACAAUGACCUACGAUGAGAUGUUGUCACUGACUGAACAGCAAUUGGAGGCCCAGAAGGUCACUAAAGGAGCAAGACACAAGAUUGUUAUCAGCAUUCUGAAGCUCAAAGAGAGGCAGCACCUACUUCGCAGCCUGGAAAAGGAUGUGUUGGAGGGCAGUAAUCUGCGCGCCCCCCUGCAGGAGCUCCACCAGAUGAUCAUGACACCUAUCAAGGCUUUCAGUGGCGGCGAGGAAGGCUCCCUGCAGCGCCCCCUGCUGAGCCCUGAGGGCAAGAGCGCUGCACCUGGUUCCCACCUGAGUGGGGGAGGCGGAGGGGAGGCUGAGUCAGGCACAAGCGUCAUCGCUGAGGGGGAUCUACCCGGCCAGUUCACUCGUGUCAUGGGCAAAGUUUGUACCCAGCUACUGGUGUCAAGGUCAGACGAGGACAACAUCAGCUCCUACCUACAACUCAUCGACAAGUGCCUUAUUCAUGAGUCCUUCACUGAGACACAGAAGAAGAGGCUGUUGUCAUGGAAACAACAGGUCCAGAGGCUGUUCCGCUCCAUUCCAAGGAAAACCCUCCUUGACAUAGCAGGGUACCGACCACAGAGGAGCCGUUUCGGCCAGUCCAACUCUCUCCCCACCGCUAGCUGUGUUGGGGGCAGUGUGUCGGCCAGGAGGAGCCUUCGCCAGUUCCAGAUGCCCUCCAGGAGCUUGCCGGGUGCCAGGCUGGGCCUGCUGGGCAGCGGGGGGCUGCUUGGACCUACACCUCGCAGCUCCAGCAGCACACCCACUGGUCCCAAGCAGGGGAGACAGGGUCUGUGGUUUGCCAACCCUGGAGGAAGCAACAGCAUGCCCAGCCGGACCCACAGCUCCGUGCAGAGGACCCGCUCCCUGCCAGUUCACACCACGCCACAAACCAUGGUCAUGUUCCAACAAACCGAUCUUCAGUUGCCAGUGACAGAGCCAGACAUCAACAAUCGCCUUGAGUCUCUUUGUCUGAGUAUGACAGAACACGCCUUGGGAGACGGUGCUGACCGCACAUCAACAAUAUGAAAUGAGGACCUGAGUGAGAGCAGUAGGGCAGCGCAGGUUCACGAGGCUCUCUCACGAUAAGUCACCUCGAGAUCAUCAGCCCUCCUGCCCCCUCUCCCUGUAGAGCUCAACCAAAGGAUCGGGCGGGAUCCAAGAAACACAAGAGAGCUGAUCAUCAAACGGCUAACACAAGCUAUCAUAUUGGCACCGUCCAUCGGGUCUGAAAAACACACUUCCUGCUCCGCCAGCAUGCUCACAGUCACCUGCGUCUGGGUGAGGAGAGAGAAAAGCAUUGAACACGGCCUGGACAGUGUGUGAACAGGCCCCCCCGGAGAGGCCAGAAUCAGUACUGCAGUCCAGUCAGUCCCAACAGAAGGGAGACGCUGGCCUGUUGAUCAGGGCCCAGUGAGACUGAGGCCCUUUCCCUCUCCGACACCCUCUGGUCCCCGCACAUCGGCCACAGCUCGUGGCAUCUUUCAAAUCCAAAACAGUACCUCAGACCCAAAAACAAGACGAGACAAGCAGAGCUAGAAGGACGCAGAAGGAAGUUUGGGAUUUCUUUCAGUGAGGACUGAGUGUCCAGCGAGGACGCUUGUAGAGCUCGGGAAGGCCACUUGCUCAGUAUUGGGUGGCAAAAAAUCAUUUAUUUGUAUUGUAUGUAUUUAUUGUUUACAUAAUGAUGCUACUUUCAAAGGGUACAGAAACAUGUAUGAAUUUCAGGUAUGAAUCGUGUUAUAUUCUGUAAAGCCUUGGCUGUGUGCCAGCUUUACGUCCCACGAGUAGCCAUCACGCUAGUUUACAACCAACGUGCUUAUUCUUUAUUUUAACAGUCAACAACAAAGACGUGUUGGCUUGAACAUCUACCGAGAGAGAAAGAGGUAGAGCAGUGACUAGGGAUAAGAGGAAGAAGGGGAUGUGGAGAAAGACACAGAAAGUGGUGGAAGAAAGAAUGACGCUGAAGUGAUACUGGAAAGGGAAGUGGAUGUUUAAAGGAGAAAGAUAUCAGAGGCAGGACCUUUGAUCGGCUGAAGAUGACAGAGGAAGAUGAUGUCAUGUCUAAUCAUAUUGAGUCUGUUCAUGUGAGUGAGUGUAGGAGGAAGUGAAUUUGGCACCGGUCAGUUACAUAUUGUUUAUCCAUAGCAUGUACUGUAUGAACUCUUUGAAUUCAGAGCCUUUGUUGGCACAAUACAUUGAAAAUGUAGGUUUUUAUACACGUAAAUGGGAGAUUAAUACGGCUGUAUCGUCAGUGGGAUCUGUCUGCAUGUUCAGAUACUGGGUUUAGUUAUUUUUCUAAAGCAGGGUGAUGUGCUUAAGCUGCAUGUUACAACUAAAUAUCUUUCUUGGAGGAAAGGAAGAUUGUGAAAUGUGGCGUAGAGAAGAUGGCAGAAAAAAACAGGAGGUCGAUUUGGUUUCCACUCAGACCGCGUUGCAGAGAGGAUUUCAACAUUGGAGAAAUCACACACUGUCAAUCCAUGAAGGGUAGAUUUCCCAGAGAUUGUCUCAUUAGUGCUUACCUCCACCUGCUGGCCAAACACAGUCAUGGCGGGACAGACGCUGAAGUCCAUAGACACACAGGCACUCUGCAGAUUAUUGCAAAAUCAUUUAUGAGCAACAUUUGGAGAAAUAUCAGUGCUGCAGGAAUUCAAAGAUUGCCCGUGUAACGUGGUCUUCUGUCUGCUCUGUCAGUGCAGGCCUACAUGGAAUUUAUUUUUAUUUUGUUUUAUUCUGAAUCUCAUGGUUAUUCUGUGUCUUAAUAUUUAUCCUCAGUUUAUUGCAUCUGGAAUAUAGACUUUAUAAGAAUAGGUUUUAAUUGAAAUAAGCUGGUCAGGAAACUCCCCUCUGUGCCGCUUUCAACUGAGCACGUGCGCUGAGAGUCCUGACCCCGAACGGUCAUCAUUGAGGGUUAUUGAUUAUUAUUGUUCAGUUUCUUCAUUAGUUUGUUGCAAUUCUAUAGUAUUUCCUUUGUAUCCUGCACUUGAUAUGACAAUGUGAUACACUAAAAUCCAAACGUUCAUGGCUCAAGCAACAGUUUUGUGCUUUGGAGUCGGAUCACACGGAGCAGAUUGAAGAGAUGAGAGUGACACUCGCUCUCGACUGUCGAGCUACAGUCUCAGCGGACAGACGGAAGUCAAGCGGAAUAACCACCUCAGGUGGCGAUGUUGAAUCUCUCAGCAGAGACAAAAGGCUCCUGACGCCUCUCAUCGACCUUAAAUGAUUUCUGUUUGUCUGAUGUUGGAGUUGAAAAUGCUCUCUUCUUAUGUCAGGGCUGAGUCAUCCACACAGUGUUUGUGCAUGGUUUAGCUCAUUUUCUACCCUUUGAACACACAUUACAUUACUAGCAACUAUUUUUAGAUAUUUUUAUGUUUUUCCAACCUUUCCAAGUUCCCAUUCAUUUUAUUAUGGUAUUAAUAUGAACUCACGUAGUCUUGACACCUCUCUGAGAAAGUUAAUCCAUCACAGUAAACAUCGUGUCUGCGUUUACUUUUGAAGAUAGUGCAGUGUAGGCUUUUUAAAAGAUCUACACCUACAAACAAAUUACCAUGCCAUGCCGGCAUGAUGUUUGCUGUCAUGACUCACCUUCUGCACCGAAAUAGAAACCACUCUCUACCUACAAGUUUGGGAAAACAUAAUGUAGAAAUCUAAAAACACUACAGUACACUUUAAAAAUAUCCAGCAGUGAUGCAUUCAGUGUGUGACCUGCUAAAACAUGCAGAAAUUCUGUAAUGGAGCCUUAUUUCGCCUCUGACGGGCCCGUCUGGACCCCAAACCGCCAUCUUGAUUGGUUGAACAUGGCUUCAGAUCCAGUGAUGGUGGCUAGAACCUGCAGUCUGGAUCUGUGCACACUCAGACAAACAGCCCACACACACACACACACACACACACACCACAGAUAAAGAGUGUGUGUUGUUAGUUUUACAGCCGUGACAUCGCUGCGCACUCUUCAGAUUUUUGUCUCAGUGUUUCAAGUGUUUGUGUGUUUUCUGCUCUUAUACUUAGCCUAUAAGAGCCAAUCAGACGUCAUCAGUACGUUUGUGAACGAAGAUGAAGAUUCCACCAAAGCAUGAAUGUGACAUGAAUCCAUUUUAAUCCCGAAUGGGGAAACUGAUGUUACACCUUUUGACAUCUUUGUUUUUUCUGAUGCUCCUCACUGAGAAGCAGACUGUUUCAGUGUCACUGCCAUAUGAGUCAGUACUUAAAGUAGAUACAAUUAUUUAUUCUUUUUUUUUUUUCAUAAUUUUUGCAGAGGUGAUACUUUUAGUCAUUUAGGUGUAUUAUUAUUUAAAGUACCAUAUGUAUUAACAUGUUAUGGCUGGUGACCAUACGUACAUCUCAAAUAUUAACAUAGUUAUUGUUGACUUUGACUAUUUUUUUCUUGUAUUUUUUUGUUGCUGUUGUUGAACUAUAAUCUUGUUUGUAUCUAUCAGUGUCAUGAUGAGAUUUUUCAUGUGAAGCUUCGCUGUCAGAGCGCAGCCGAGAGCCGGUCCAUCACAGAUACAUCGAUUCACGUUUGGUUACAAAAUUCACGUUGGACGAGCUGUCAGCAAACAAAACAGCGGUGUGUUGUUGUGGUAGUCUUUGGCAGGCCAGGAAGUAGACUGUUCCAUUCUGAUCUGGAGUCUGAACUUGGUGCUGUGGGUGUAGUCCUUUUGUAACUCUAUGGUCCUGAGUGGGAGAGACUUAUACUGUAGGUUACUAGGUAUGUUACUUUAGAGGAUAAGGCUGGCAUUAUUCUAUAUUUUCCCUAUUGUCAACAAAUCCCAUGAAAAGACCAAAGGCGCUUCUCAUUUCUCUAUUUUGUAAAAUGCAUCUCGAGGAGAGAGGAGGCUUGCUGGAGGAGCUAAGAGCGAGGAUGCACGGGUGUAUCCUUUGCAUCCGUGACGUAUAAAAGAGUCGUGACACGCUUCAUAUUUAAUUGACGUCGCUUUAAAAUGACGGCUCCGAAGCAAGGAUGUCUCAUUUUGUUAAACGCAUGUUGCCUCCACUCCUCUCUCGUCCUCCGCUUGCAUCUCAGGUGGGAGGGACUAAGACGCGAGGACAGGAAGCGAGGAAAGGAAUCAUGGAUGUACAAUCUGAGAAAUGAGCAGAGUGGCAAAACCAACAAUGUUUUAGUCCGUCUCUCAAUACUUUCCUACUUCCCUUCCCUGUCUGUCCCAAUACUAAGCACAUUGGUUCCUACUGAAGAUGUAAACCUUUAAAAACAGGUCAAAGUAUUUUGUUUCUUUUAUUUAUUUAUUUUAAAAAUCAGUAAUUUCCUAAAACAGCUGCUCACUGCAGUUUAUCAAACAAACAGGAGGAAAUAGUGCAUUUGUUGGGGACUAUUUUCAGCGGCGGAUGAAUCCACAUGUGGUGCUGUAGUGAGUGUUUGGGGCAGCAGGACGGUGUGUGUGGGACUGAGUCAGAAUAAACUACAGUGUGUGUGUUCAUGGUGAUGAAGGAACAUGUCACCCAGUGCAACAGAGCGGCUCACUGAUGUGUUUUUAACAGUUUCUGGACAACAGUGGAGCUCUACGGCUCAGAGGAGGAAGAUCCAUCGUGUUAGGAUCAGUUCAUUGUUGGUUUGGCUCUGCACAUGAGAUUUGUUUAUAUUAAGAAAAGUAGAGAAUAUCACCAGACUUAUCCUUUUUAAACAUGUUUUACAUCACUUCAGUCAGUAAUGUAAUCAAAGGGAUUACUGAAACUGGUAUUUUUGCAGUAUUUUUAUUUACUUUCAUAUCACUUUGCCAUGUUUGAGUUAUAAAGGUGUUGAUACAAAGUUCAGGAGAUUUAUUUCAGUUUUGCAGAAAAACACGAGUUCUCGUCUGUGCCACGUUUUAUAGAAAUACUGACUGACAGCGUUUAAAUAACCCGAGUUUGUGAUUUUUCUUGAUGACCUAACAGAGUAGAGUUACAUGUUUUGUAUUCAGAGUUGAAAACGACGCCACAGGCCUCCAGUUUCUACUCAACCCUGGUUUCCUGCAGCAUCUCUGGGUCAAAGAGACGUCCAAGUGAACAUACCUGUGACGGGACAUUGGAGGGUAACAGCUCUGAGGUCUGCAUCAUUACACAUCUCUUCAAACCAAAUGCUUUAUUUUUAUUUUUUCUAAAUGCAUAUCAGCUCUGUGGGUGUCCAGGAGUGCUUCUAACGCUGUGCACACUGCAGUAUUAACAGUUAGAUGACGCCUUGAUAUUCCAAAAACAUUUAAUGUACUUUAAGUUGAGACAUGUAUGCUGUUUUGUAUCUUAUUUUUGUCAUAGAUUCUGCAGUUUAGUCAGUUAAUGUUGUUAUGGGAUGCCAAUACUUGUCUUUUUUGUUUUUUUGGUUUUUUUUGUAAAUUCAGCAGCAUCCAUUCUGUAACAAAGUGUUACCGCUUGACUGUGCUCCUUUAUUUCAUUUAGUUUUAUUUUAUCAAAGAGCCGAUGUCCUGUAUUGACUGCAGGCUUACGUAUAUAUUUGACAAAAGAAUAUUGUAUGUUUAAUAAUAAAAAAACACAAAAAAGACAAAAAGUUGAAGAAAAUGCAGAAAAAAGAAAAGGUGAACAUUGAAAAAAGUGUAAUUUAUAUUUUAAAACCGCAUGCACGAGGCUGGGAAAGUCACAUUUAGGAUAACAAAUGGCAGUGCCUUUUUUGUACUCGAGACAUUCACCCCAAAUGUAAAUGGUUUUAUAAAGACUUUAGAAACUGUAAUGUUACAGGAUGAAACUAGUGACAGCUGUGUCGGGUCUCGUUCACACUGCAGCUAAAAGUGUCCUAAUUCAGAUUGUAGAUAAUGUAAUGUAGGUACAGUACAGGGAGAAUUAAUCAAUAAAUUCAUUGAUUGAAUUCCGUUUUUCUAACUUUCCAAAUCAUAAAUCUGGUUCAUAUCUGACCCAUGACCGUGUGACCAUAUUAUUGAUGCUGGUUUUAUGUCACAUAUCCACAGAACUCAUCACUGUGUCCAAAAAGUCACUCAUGUUUGAUGUUCGUAGAGAAAAAUAAUAUUUAAUUAAUUCAGUUUUUAUUUGGGGAGAUUCUUUAAAUGUGGCUGCAGCACCCACGUCAUCCCCACAGUGAUAAUUGUCUGGGCUGAUCAGUAUCAAAUACAGGGCUGCCGCUAAUGAUUAUCUUCAUUAUCGAUUAAUCCGCUGAUUAUUUUCUUUAUUUCAUUUGGCCUAUAAAUGUUUAGAAAAUAGUAAAUGUCCAUCAGGUGAUGUCUUUUCAAAUAGCUUCUCUUUUUUUUUUCCUUUUUUGUGUCUGACCAACAGUCCCAAACCCAAAGAUACUCAGCUUAUAAUAAUGUGAGAUCCUCACAUUUGAGAAGCUGUAACCAUCAAUGAUUUAUGAUUAAUUAUCAAACCACAACAAUUUCACAAAUACCGUCCUCGACUUGAGCUGUGAUUUUAAUACCGCGGCAGUGAGACGCAUCAAUUCUCCAAAUUCAGAUGAGUGUAUAUAUACACGUGUUGUAGCGCCAUCUGCGGUCCGAUCAGUGCAAUGUCGAGUAAAAAUGAUGACAACUGGAGAUGCGUUGAACCGAUAUGCUACAAUAGAUCUCAAUCUCUUGUGCAUAAAGUUUCCUUAUUUCUCAAUAUUUGUCACUCAAACUGCAUUUUCACAGCAGGAGCUCCAUUGUUUUCUGUUCGUUUGAAGUGAUGAGCUAUAAUGUCAUUAAGUUCCCACUUACAGUUUAGAGGUGAUUGCAGUUAGAUUCUCGUGUACACGAUGCAGUGAGGUGUACAGAUUGUGAAUUGGGACAAAAGAAGCAGUGGCGUCAGAUCAGUACUCCGUAUCGGAGGAUAUCCCGAGUUUAGGAUCUGAAUCGUCAUCACAAUCCAACAAGUAAACUUGUUUUGCUGUUUAUCCGAGCAGCACCUGAGGCAACGACACAAAUCAGCGUUAAGGCAAAGUUCAGUGCGUGUGUCCAGGCGGAAUAUCAGCCUCGCAGCCGACACGUCAGACCUUUUGCAGUCACUAAUUUAAGCAGCUUCACGUCUCUCAAAAACUAAACGUGAACAUUCAAACACAAACUUGAAUCUGAAUGGAACAGCGAGGCGUGCAGUGUGAACGUGGCCUGUUGUGUCUGUGCUCUGUAGGAACUUCUUAAUGCUGAUAUCAAGUUAUGAAUUAUUCUGGUCUGUACAACAACAACAAAAAAGAAGAAGAAGAAAUGUGUGGAUGGCUGGGUGAUUGUGUGUGUGUGUGUGUGUGUGAGAGUGUGUGAAUACAUUCAAGUGUUUUUCAAUGUGUCUUGCUGUAAUUUUGUCGCGACGUACCAGAAUGCUGUGACUUGGCAUGCCCCCGUUAUACAUAAAAAAAAGUUGUAACUCC